AAUUAUCUUUAGAAAUAAUUUUGAAUAAUGAAUGUGAGAAGAGCAUUGCAUUUUGUAUUUCGCAUAUCAAACAGAAAAGCUACUAUAGAUUUUUAUAAAAAUGUUCUUGGAAUGAAUGUCCUUCGUCAUGAAGAGUUUGAGAAAGGAUGUGAAGCUGCAUGUAACGGUCCUUAUGAUGGUAAGUGGAGUAAGACAAUGAUUGGAUAUGGUGAAGAGGAUAGUCAUUUUGUUAUAGAAUUGGUUUAUAAUUAUGGAACAAAAUCAUAUCGACAUGGCAAUGAUUUUUUAGGAAUUUCGAUUGGCCUUAAAAGUAUAGUUGAUAACAUUUCAAGUUUUGAUAUCAAAUCAGUGGAAUGUGAAAAUGGAUCCAUUUCUAUAAAUGAUCCUGAUGGGUAUCCCUUCAUUGUAAACGGUUUUUCAAGUAGAAAAGAUCCUGUGAUAAAAGUUUCAUUGGCAGUAUCUAAUAUUGAAAAGUCUGUAGAGUAUUGGAAUGGUUUGCUUGGAAUGAAUAUUUUAGAGAGAUCACCAUCUUCUGUAUUAUUAAGUUAUUCUGAAGAUCAGUGCUCUUUAGAGUUGGUUGAAUCUCAAAAUCUCAUAGAUCGUGGAGAUGCAUAUGGUCGUAUAGCAUUUUCAUGUGCCAAAUCACAGUUGCAAGAAAUUGAAGCUGCAAUGAGAGCUGCAUCGCAAACAAUAUUGACUCCUUAUGUUAGUUUGGAUACCCCUGGCAAAGCCACAGUUCAAGUUGUCAUUUUAGCUGACCCUGAUGGUCAUGAGAUUUGUUUCGUCGGCGAUGAAGGUUUUCGAGAACUUUCGAAAAUUGAUCCCGGAUCUACUGAUUUGUUAUACAAGGCUAUUGAAGAAGAUAAGAGUGACGAAUGGUUUGCAAAGAAAAAUGUAGUUCAUGCUUAAUAAGCAAUGAUAACUUCCAUUAUAAUAACUCUUUCACAAAAUUCUUUUUAAAGUUCUUUAUCAAUUGAAAAUUUAAUAUACAUAUAUAUACAAUUUUGUAAAAAGAAAUUCAUAACAAUAAAUACAACUUUUUUAAAUUA